AUGGACGAAGAACCGGCGCCGGAGCCCGGCUCUCCCGCGCCGUCCGGCGACGGCAACGAGUCGCCCGGCGAGGAGCUGUCCAGCCUGCAGCUGGCGGUGGACACCCUGACGUGCUUUCCGGACGUGCUGGACCACGACACCAAGGGUGAGGAGGACCUCGGCGACUCUGGCGACUACGAACAGUUCGAUGUCGGCACAUUUGACUUUCGGAUGCGGAGCUUCCUGAAGCGGCAGGUCAAGAAGCAUCUGUUCAAAGUCACACACAAGAGGAUCAAAUUUGGUGACAAGAUUGCAUUUGUGCUGGGUACCGUCAAUCUGUGGCUAUGUGCAUACUGGCUAGGCUGCUGUCGCAGCACAUUCCACAAGACGUACUCUGCGAAGGCUGUGUUCCUCUUCACCACUCGAUUCUUGCUGUACAAGCAGCAGAAGAUGCACUACUACUUCUUUGACUUCUGUUACUUUGCAAAUGGCCUGCUGCUGUUUAGCUUGUGGGUAAUGCCCACUUCAGCAUUCCUCUUCAAGGUGUGCUUUGCCUACAACACAGGCAUUUUGGCUUGGUCCAUCCUUGCCUUUCGCAACUCGCUGGUCUUCCAUAGUCUGGACAAGGUCACGUCACUUUUUCUACACUACGAGCCCAUGAUCGUGUCUUGGACCCUGCGAUGGUACCCUGAUUGUGAACUUCUGGGGAAUUGCACCACAGAUGGAAGAAUUGCAUCGGAACAGGCAACAGCCGCUGAGCUGCUGCUGUACCCCAUACCUUUUUACCUCUUGUGGGCCACGAUUUACUAUUUGAAGAUCUUUGUCUUCUCUGAGAAGAAGAUUCAGGAGCGGGGAUAUUCAACGCUGUUCAAAUACAUGACAUCAAACAAGAAGAGCGGCUUUGCCAAAUUCGUCCUGAGGUUUCCGCAUAGAUGGCAGCCUGUCGUCUUCCUUGGCUUCCACCUGACCUUUUUCAUGACCGCCCUGGUUUUCGUUUUCUUCUGCUGGCGGUCGUACUGGGCGCACACCGCGCUCAUCAGCUGCCUCUCCUUCGUGUCCGUUUGGAACGGCGCCAAUUUCUACUUCGAGGUGUUUGCCACCAAGUACAUGAAGACAGUCGAGACUAGAGUCGCGGAAAAGAAGCAAGACUGA